AUGUCAUUGACUGCAGAUGAUUGCUGGUGUCGAACACGAAAUUCGGAGGGUCAAAUGGUCCCUGAUCCUAAAACAUUUCCGUCAGGAAUUAAAGCUCUUGCCGAGUAUAUACACGAAAAAGGACUCAAGCUUGGAAUUUAUUCUGAUGCUGGGGUAAUGUCUUUGGGAGCCGAGACCGAGCUUGGCUCGAUGCAUGCCGAGUGUCAACAAGUCCCCCCAACUCUCCGGGCAAGUUCCCCUAGGUGGGGAGUGUGCAUUAGCUGCGUGCGAGGAGGCGGGCGUUUUCCUGGUCGGGUCGGCAAUGGCCGUGUGCUCGGUUGGCCUGAUGAGUCCCUCAACUCCCCAGAUAAAGGCUGGCUUGCCUCUGGUAGACGGAACGGUGCAGACGCGUGUUGGAUGUUCGGGAUGUAUGACAUAUAUUGUGAGGGUCAUGAUGAGUCCGGGGAAUCGGAGUGGGUGGGACGUUUGGGGUCGUGUCGAUUGGGAAAUACAAGGCAUCACUGCCGCAUGUCUUGA